ACGUAGACCGCCCACACACACACACACACACACACACACACACACACACACACACACAGAGAGAGAGAGAGAGGUCUGAAUCGAAGUUAAGUGAUCAGCGACAUGCCGCGUGGGAUGGGUCGGCUGGUGGUGGAGGAGGAGGUGGUUUGUGUGCAAGAGUCGCUCGUGCUUCACCGGGUCAGCGGAAGACCAAGCUUAGUGCGUCAUAACUAUCCCACGAGGUCGAGACCCGACGAGGAGAGGGCAGAGGUGGGGAGGGUGACGAGGGAGGCGGGAGCAGGCGAGACUGCAAGUCAUCCACCGGCAGACGAAGGGAGAGGUGGUGUAGUGACCGCAACCCUUGGGCCUCCUGCUGUUCAACAACCCUCGUCUGCUGGCGGAGCGUGCGAGUCGACAGCUGAGAGACGAGAGGUCGGAGAGGAUGAUGGUGUCGGGAUCGGGAUGGGGAGAGGGGGGCGUACACUGAGGCCGCGGAAGGAGAUGAGCCUAGCGUCGCAACCCCAGGCUCAAGAUCCGGAAAGCGCGCCAAGCAGAGGGAGUGGGAGAGGGAGGAGCAGGGGAAAGCGGAAGGGGAAGUGUGAUAUUUCUGAGCAGCAGAACGAGGAGAGAGAGGAGAGAGACGAGAGAGAGGAGAGAGAGGAGAGAGAGGAGAGAGAGAGGCGCAGGGAAAAUGAAGGGGAGAAUGCGAAAGAUGGUGGGAGAACGGCGAUAGAGAAGGAGAAGGUGGUGGACCUGGUGGUUGAGCAGGUGAUUGUGGUGGAGGGUGAGAGCGAGGGAGAGGAAGAAGAAAGAAGGCCGAAGGGAAGGAAGAAGAAAGCACUGGUUGGUCGUCGAAGAAGGCUUGCAGCAGAGACACAGGUCUCAGGUCCUCUGCCAUCGCCGUCUCCAGCGUCAUCUAUACCCACUCCUGCGUCUUUGCCAGCGGUACCACCUCCAGCCGCCUCCUACUCCCUUCGUUCUACUCGUCCUCGGCCUCCUGCUGAUAUCACAACCGCUGGCGCUGAUUCUCUUGCUCCUCCUCCUCCUACUCCUCCCAUUCCUCCUCCUAUUCCUCCUCCUACUCCUCCCAUUCCUCCUCCUAUUCCUCCUCCUCCUCCUUCUCCCCCUCCCCAUGCUGCUGCUCCUGCUCCUGCUCCUGCUCCUGCUCCUGCUCCUGCUCCCGCUUCUGACUUCCCUCCUCCUCCGCCUCCCCCUCCUCCUCCCCCUCCUCCUCUUGCCACCACCGUUGCCAGUUCUCCCCCCUCUCGUUCCCAUCCUUCUCCUCCUCCUCCUCCUCCCUCUCCUCCUCCUCCGCCUCCCUCUCCUCCUCCUUCAUGUACUCAGCGUUCUCACCCUGCUCCCAUGGCGGAAGGAGGUUACCCCCUAGAGGCUGUCGCUGGUGAUAUCUGUGGUACCUCGAUGGACCCAUUGGACCCAUCUGGAACAGUGAGGAGGAGAAGUCCGAGAGGAGAUGGGCCUGAUGAUCAGGGGGUGGGAAGAGAUCAGCAGAGUGACCAGAUGCACCUCCCCGCUGAAGAACAGAGGAAAUCGGAUACCCAAUCAGUAGUGUUAUCGAGGCAAUCGACUCCUCAACAGGCUGAGUCAGCAAAGCUACCGGCAAAUUAUCCUGAAGUGGAAAUCGGCGCCGACAGAAAAGCCUCCAAAAGGAGCAAAACCCAAAAAAAGCGCACAGCCGCGGCAGAAAAUGUACCAGGAACGGUACCCGGAGAAACGAGACCAGGGGGGAAGAAGGAAUCAGGAUCUAGACCAGAGGGGAAGAAUAAAGGGAGAAGGAGACGUAAGCGGACAACCUUGAUUGUGCCCUCGGGCCGCACGUACAAGAUCUACAUCUACAAGGUCUUAAAGGAGAUUCAUCCAGAACUGGCCAUUUCUAGCCAGGGUAUGUCGAUCAUGAACAGCUUCAUGGUUGAUGUGUGCGAACGGAUUGCGGCAGAAGCAUCCAGACUCUCACGCCACGCAAAGCGGGCCACCCUGUCCUCCAGAGACAUUCAAUCCGCGGUCCAAUUAUGUCUUCCAGGCGAGCUUGCAGUGAAUGCUAUGUCAGAGGCAAAGAAGGCGGUGAUCAAAUUCAUCCGACAUGGCAAGGCAAGUGAGAGACGUAAUAUAAUAAUUAAAUCUAAUAGAUUUUAUUUAAUAAAUAAAAUGAUUGUAAUAUAAUUAGUAAAUAUCAUAAAUUAGU